AGCAAAGCUAAAUUAGAAGAGAAAAAAGCACAUAAAUAUCAACGAUUGCCGUUGUUUGUUCAUUACUUGACGUUUUUUCUUUCAGGUUCCAAUCAAACGAGAAACAUAAUAAUGUCGUUGCAAUCAGACGCCGUGUUCCAGAAAAUCAUCGAUGGACUGAAGGAUAAUGCUGCCAAGGCAAAGGCUGUCAAUGGAGUAUUCCUGUACAAAAUCACCAAGGACGGCAAAGUGGUCAAGGAGUGGACUCUCGACUGCAAGAGUGCCAAGGCGUACGAAGGACCCGCACAGGGCGUCAAGGUCGACACCACACUGACGGUUUCCGACGAGGACAUGGUUGACAUUGCCCUCGGCAAACUCAAUCCCCAGGCAGCGUUCAUGAAGGGCAAGCUGAAGAUUGCCGGCAACAUCAUGUUGACCCAGAAACUGGCGCCCCUGCUGAAAACGGACGCCAAAUUGUAAACUGGCAUUUGCCGCUUUCACAACAAAACGACGGCACAUUCCCCAGUUUCUAUGUUUUGCACGUUUGUUCGUAAUCGCACAUUACUUUUGUUGUCAUAAUUACGAUACUCCAGUCGUAUUUCCACAGUAUGUGUGUUUCUGUUUCUUAUAUUUUUUUUGUAUGUUUAUACUAUGUGUAAUUAGAAAAUAAUACAUAAGCCUAAAAG